GCCAACUCUCCACUCGCCCGCAGGCUCAAGGGCCGCCAUCUGCAGAUGAUAGCCAUCGGAGGCUCCAUCGGCACUGGUUUAUUUGUCGGCUCCGGACAGGCGCUAGCAAACGGUGGCCCAGCAUCCCUCGUCAUCUGCUACUGUCUUGUCGGCAUCAUGCUCUACACAACCGUCCACGCCCUGGGCGAGAUGGCCGUGCUCUUCCCCGUCGCUGGCUCCUUCUCCGCAUACUCGACCCGCUUUCUCGACCCCGCGUGGGGCUUCGCCAUGGGCUGGAACUACGCCCUGCAGUGGCUCGUUGUGCUGCCGCUCGAGAUUGUCGCGGCUACGUUUACCAUUGAAUACUGGAACGGCGGCUCCGUCAACAACAACGCCUGGGUCGCCAUUUUCCUCGUCAUGAUUGUCGUCAUCAACCUGUUUGGCAUCAAGGGAUACGGCGAGGCCGAGUUUGUCUUUGCCAUUGUCAAAAUCACCGCAGUCAUUGGCUUCAUCAUCCUCGGCAUCAUCAUCAACAUUGGCGGCGGUCCCGAUGGCGGCUACAUUGGCGCGAAGUACUGGCGCGAUCCAGGCCCCUUCAACAACGGUUUCAAGGGCCUCUGCAGCGUCUUUGUCAAUGCCGCCUUUGCCUUUUCAGGAACCGAGCUCGUUGGUCUGGCUGCCGCUGAAACGGCAAACCCCCGCAAGUCGCUCCCCACGGCCGUCAAGCAAGUCUUCUGGCGCAUCUCUCUCUUUUACAUCGUCUCCCUGACCAUUGUCGGCCUGCUCGUGCCCUACAACAACCCCCGUCUUUUGCAAGACGCAAACGAAGCAGACGCAGUUGCCUCUCCUUUUGUCAUUGCCAUUCAAAAUGCCGGCAUCCAAGGCCUCCCAUCCGUCUUUAACGCCGUCAUUAUGAUUGCCGUCCUCUCCGUCGGCAACUCAUCCAUCUACGGCUCCUCGCGCACCCUCGCAGCCCUCGCAGAGCAGAGACAAGCCCCCAGAAUCUUUGCCUACAUUGACCGCCAGGGACGUCCCCUCGUCUCCAUUGCCUUUGCCUCCUCGCUCGGUCUCCUCGCCUUUCUCGCUGGCGCAGACCGCAAGCUCCAAGAUGCAACCUUCAACUGGCUGCUUGCUCUGUCUGCUCUCUCUGCCAUCUUCACCUGGGCCUCCAUCUGCCUCGCUCAUAUCCGCUUCCGCCAGGGCUGGAAAGUCCAAGGCCACAGCCUCAGCGAACUAGCCUUCCGCUCCCAGCCCGGCAUCAUUGGCUCCUACGUCGGCUUCGCCCUCAACAUGCUUGUCCUUGCUGCCCAGUUCUACGUUUCCAUCGCCCCAAUAGACAUGGCUGUACUAUCCACCUCGCAGCGCCUCCAGCGCUUCUUCAGCAUUUACCUCGCCCUACCCGUCACACUAGCAUUUUACUUUCCCUACAAGUUCUGGUUCCGCACCUCGGUCGUGCGCUCCCACAACAUGGACCUCGUCACAGGCAUACGAGAACUCAACAUCCAAGUCCUUGUCGAGGAAGAGCGCGAAGAAAAGAAGAAGUGGCCAAGGUGGAAGAAGGUGUACAAGUUCUUUUGCUGAUAGAUCGAUACGAUACCCCUUUUUUUGUAAUACUCUUGCAUCUUACCAUGCCGACGCUAACUUUUUUCUCUCUUCUUCUUUUUUUUUCUUAGCGACGGCUCCUUCCAGACUUGACUGUUCUCUUUUUUUUUCCCUCCUUGUUCUCUUCUCCUAUGUCUUUAUGCAAACGGAUCUUGAUGAUACCAGGCGGCAUGCCGCUCUCCUACGGCACUUGCGCAGCCUUUUUCUUUUCUACUCCUCUUUUUUUUUCUUUCUCUUUUCCCUUACGCUUACUCACAAGUUCAUGUAGCUGUGCCGUGUAGAUGCUGCU